AUGCACUCCCCCAUCCUCCUCCUCACCCUCCUCACCACCCUCACCCUCGCCACCCCCACCGCCACGCAACACGGCGCCUCCCUCCCCGAGCAAGCCCUCACCGACAACGCCGUGGCGGCCGGCGCCAACGAAUCCGACAUCCCCCAGCCCGGCAGCGGCGGCGGCGGAUUCAGCACCAACGCGCUGUACUGCCCGAUCGACUUCCCGCGGUACUGUCCGUACGGGUUCUGCUGCCGCACGAGCAAGUGUUGUGGCUUGGAGUGCUGCACGGAGGCGGCGACGUUUUGUUCGGCGGGGCGGUGCUAUCGCUAG